UCUGGGCCCCAGAAAUGAAAAAUCAGGGGAGAUGCAUGGAGGGAUGAGCAGAGCACCUCGGCAGCUCCAAAAGAGCCCACUCAACUCAGCGGCGGCGGCAGGAAGAUGUGGGCUCGGGGCUGCGCUCCCCCGCCCCAUCCCGCCUCGGCAGGCGGGAAGGGGCGCGGCCCGCGGGCGGUGGGCGGUGUCUGCUCAGCCCCAGCCCCAGGCCCAGCCCCAGCCCAGCGUUCCUGGCUCCGGCUCUUUGCUGCUUGCUGUGCCGGCCGGCCUGGUGAUCAUGGCCCAUUUCAAGAGCGAACAGGAUGACUGGCUGGUCGUCUACCUGAAGUAUUUGCUCUUUGUCUUCAACUUCUUCUUCUGGGCAGGUGGGGCAGCUGUCAUGGCCGUGGGUGUCUGGACCCUCACAGAGAAGAGCGGCUACCUCGGUGUCUUGGCCUCCAGCACCUUCGCUGCCUCGGCCUACAUCCUCAUCUCCGCGGGCACUCUGGUCAUGGUGACUGGCUUCCUGGGCUGUGGCGCCAUCCUCCGGGAGCAGAGGGGCUGCCUCUCCAUGUACUUCUGCCUGCUGUUUGUCAUUUUCCUCGUGGAGCUGGUGGCAGGAGUCCUGGCCCAUGUGUACUACCAGAGGCUGAGUGACGAACUGAAGCAGCACCUGAACCGCACCUUGGCGGAGAACUACGGGCAGCCCAGGGCAGCGGAGAUCACCGCCUCGGUGGAUCGUCUGCAGCAGGACUUCAAGUGCUGUGGGAGCAACGGCUCAGCGGACUGGCAGCACAGUGCCUACAUCCAGUCCCAGGAGGCCCAGGGCCGCCGGGUGCCCGACAGCUGCUGCAAGACGGUGGUGGCACGCUGUGGCCAGCGAGUGCACCCCUCCAACAUCUACAAGGUGGAGGGAGGCUGCAUCACCAAGUUGGAGCAGUUCCUGGCUGAUCAUCUGCUGCUCAUGGGGGCAGUGGGCAUCGGGGUGGCCUGCAUGCAGCUGGACCCCAUGGUCAGUCUCUCCCCAGAGAACACUGGACAGCUUGAACUGUGAGAUGAAGGGGCCUAGGAGGAGUGUGAAUGUGGGCGCAGAUCUGUGGGAUGAUUCUCACCUGCUGUUUGCACCAGAGACUCCAGCGGCAUUUUUAUUAAAGGCCAACUCUGUCCGCUUCUGACUCCUCUCACCGAGACCAGGCCUGCAGACACAGCUCUAGCCCAACUGGGGCCACAGACUCCUCCCAUGAGCCCACCAAGUGCCUAAGCCAGGCGAGGACCUUCUACUUCUUUGUACUCACUGCCCAAGUCCUGGGCAGUAAUGACCCUGCCAAGAGACAGCCAGACCCCUUCCCCAGCAUGGGCACCCUGGACUGCAGAAGGGUGAGGGCUGGGUGCUUGGCCUCCUCCCAGCGCUGGAACCUGGAAUGCAGGACUGAAAACAGAGCCCCUGUGUUGGCCAGCAGAUGACCUUGGCCCUCACCUGCUCUACCGCCACAGUAGCACCAUGGUGGGUCAGGGAGAGUAGGCUCAAGCCAGCUCUUGGAUUUGCCCACACUAUGUCACCUGGAGAGCAGUGACCUGCCCACUGUCUUCUGAGAGGCCUCCAUGUCAGUGAAGCCUCGGCUGCCAGGCAGGAGCAGGGGCCAAGCUGGCCACAGCAUCAUGUGCCAUACCAGGGAGAGAGCCCUGCACAGGCACCCCAGAGACACAGCCUGAGCCCCUCCAUCCUUUCCCCUAAGGACUGCUUUGUUCAAGGCCAGAUUAUCAGGAUUGCUGGGUUAUAAAUGUUAUUAGAUGUAAAAGUCCUCCCCCAGUGGACCAAAUCCCAGCCUGCAAAGUUGGAACAGAAACCCUGAGAAGGAGGAGCUUUGGGUAGAGGGGCUCCCCACACCCUGCUUUUCCUGGGGUGCUCUCUCCCUAACCAUGUUGGCCGUGCUCAACUUCCUUUUCUAUCAUCGCAGAGUGGACACUGUCCCUUCAUUUGGUUCUCUUUCAUCGCUGAAGGAAGCAGGAAGUUUCCUGAAGAGACCCUCCCAAACUGUAAGCGAGAACAGAAGGAAAAUACUAGAACACAUAGGAGUAGAACAGGUGUCAACUCAGACCAUAGCCUCGAGCGUCCUCCAAGUAACUGUUUCUUGGGCAGCUUCUAACAUGAGAAUCCCACUCCGGGCUUCCAUCUUUCCUGAGUCCUGCACUUCUCUCCAUGGUGGGGAUGUGUUUACCUUCCCCACAUGGAUGAUGGCACUAUGCCAUGCUGAGGUGAGGCCAAGGGAAGUCAUGCCUCACCCUACCUGACCCAGUUCUGUCUGGUGAGCACAGCUCUGAUGCCCUGGCUCAGACCAAGGGAAGGUGCCCGCUUCCACACUCACAGCUGUCACCAGCACAGCCCUGAGUGGCUCAGAAACUCAGUGUCUCCAGAGCAGGAAGUAGCCAUGGGUAAAGAGGGACCCUCCAAAGGCUUCCUGACACCUGGACUGGCUUCUCUCUAUAGAAGGCCAGGAGAUGCCGAUGAAAAUUUGUUCAAAAGAAGAUGGGCUUCUCCAGUAGCCCCAGUCUGUACUACAGCCAAGGGAAAUGGUGGAACGUGAUCAUCCCACUUGUCCUCCAACUUCCUGGAGUUCGAGCAGAUUGUUCACAACCACCAUGGCUCCCAGCCUGCAGAGGAAACUUGCCUAUCGGGAAGCUCUUUCUGCAGAAGCCCCAAGGGAGGUAGCAGUGGAGAGGGAGAUGCCAAGCCUUUCAUGGCCGCCCUAAGAGUCUCCCUGCAUUCUCCAGGGCAUGGGGGACAGAGCUGACAGGCAGGCACUUGCAUAGCCUUGUCACCAAGGCAGGGCAGGAACACCUCACUGGUCAGCUCUAGCCCCACAUGUUGAGUCAGCUGGCCUGACUGGGGACAAAAUUAGCUGAGUCCUGCCCUGGGCACCAUUGGCUCUCACAGAGUUAGAGCAGGUAGGGGGCUGGUUAGAGAGGGUGUCUUGGGUGGUAGUGUGGACAUUGUGCCUUUAGAUAAAGACUUUUUCUGUCCGUUCUCCCUGCUCCCUACACACACAUUAUUGCUGGGCUCUUGGGUAAGAAUGGUGUGACAAGGCCACUCUGGUCCUAGAAUGUGUCGCUCUGGGACUCCCUCAAGGUUCUGAGUAGGGAGAGUGAAUUGAAAGGGUUACAUUCAGCACCUGCCCCACUGCCAGCCUUGCAAACUGCCUGCCUAUGGACAGGCCACAAUGAGCCUGGGAAGGAGACUGGGCAAAAACAGCAGUACUGCAGGUGGACGCUGGGUGGCGCUCACGUCCGUGGCAGAUGGUAGUGAUCAGUAUCUGGCCCAGUUGUUUAAUUUGCUGGUAUUUGGUAUUUAUUUAGGGGCUUUUCCAGAGACGGAGUCUAACAGUUCCCAAGGGUGCUGGUGCCACUGGCCCUGAAACCAUACUUUGAGGUUCGCUGCUUUGGACCACACCACAAAGGAGUCAUUGCCACAUGCCCUCAGAUGUCACAACCUUAGAGGACAAAAGCCUCCCCAGUUGCUUGGUUCUUCUUGCAGAAGUUUGACGCUGUUCCCACUGUCGUUGCACUGUGGGUGGGGCAAAAGGAAGUGCAGCUCAGUCUACCUGUGCGUCCUUACAGCCCCUGCCCUGGUGGGCUGUGACUUUGCCAGUGGACCUCCCCGCUCUCCCACCACCAUCCAUCUAUGUGCCUUAAGUCAACCCUUCUGUGUCCUUUUCAUUCCCGUUUCUAUUCCAGCACAAUGCUCAGCCCUGUACUCAGAGUCCUCCCUCCUGUGAUACUCGCCCCUCCCCCCGCCAUCUUGCACAGUGCCACCAGGAAUGCCAGGCAGCCCUACAGGCUGGAGGUCACCUGGGCCCUGGAACUACUGGCUGUGGAGCGGGUCAUCACAUACAGUACGAAUGAAGAAGUUGCCUUCCCCUACUGCAUGUAGGGAAACUACUCUCACUGCAAACCUGGCCUUCCCUUGCUGGUCUGUGUAAGCUUGAAGUGCUAAGGGCAUGGUAAUAAAGGAAUUAUAUCUAGGA